AUGCCAACUAUAGCAGUUGAUAAAGAGGAUUUAUUUGGUUUACUUGGUAGGUCAUAUACGACUGAAGAGUUUGACGAGUUGUGUUUCCAGUUUGGAAUUGAGUUAGAUGAGGACACAACUAAUGAUUGUCAAGCAGGUGAGAGGCCUCAAUUGAAAAUUGAAGUGCCUGCAAACAGGUACGAUAUGUUGUGCAUUGAGGGUAUAGCGCAAGCGUUAAAUGAAUUUUUGGAAACUGCCGAGGCUCCUAAAUACACUUUGAAUCCACCAAAGCCGGAAAUUACUUUAACUAUCAAAGAGUCUACUUUCCCCGUUCGUCAAUAUGCCGCAUCUGCUAUAUUGAGAAACGUUAGUUUCAACCAAAGAACAUACGAUUCUUUUAUCACUUUGCAAGAUAAAUUGCAUACCAACUUGUGCCGAAAUAGAACGUUGGUGGCUAUUGGAACCCAUGAUUUGGACACUUUGACCCCACCAUUUACAUACGAAGCAUUGCCUCCCAAGGAUAUCAAAUUCAAACCAUUGAACCAAAGCAAAGAGUUUGAUGGGGAAGAGUUGAUGGUCUUUUACGAAAAGGACAAGAACUUGAGUAAAUACCUUCCAAUUAUUAGAGACUCCCCCGUAUACCCAGUCAUGCUUGACUCUAAGCGUACAGUUGCAUCAUUACCUCCAAUCAUCAACUCAGAUCACUCCAAGAUUACCUUGAAUACAAAGAAUGUUUGGAUUGAUGUUACUGGAACAGAUAAAACAAAAACAGAGAUUGUGAUCAACCAGUUGGUGGCUAUGUUUUCCAGAUACAGUGCUACUCCUUUCGAAAUAGAGCCUCUUCAAAUCAUUUCUGAGCAUAAUGGGCAAACACGCGUGACUCCAAAUAUUACUCCCAGAAAAAUGAAAACUGACAUAUCCUAUAUCAACUCAUGUUUAGGGUUGGAUUACACUGGAGAACAAAUUGCGCAUUUGUUGAAGAAGAUGUCUUUGGACGCAUCACCCUCAGUAGGAGGGGAGGAAGAAAAAAAGGCUGAAGAGAAUAAGAAUUCAACUCUUGAUGUAAAAAUCCCUAUAACUAGAUCGGAUAUUUUACACCAGUGUGAUAUCAUGGAGGAUGCUGCUAUAGCGUAUGGUUAUGACAAUUUGAAAAAGACCAAACCUACUGGUGAAAGUUUGAUUGCGGCCGCCUUGCCUGUUAAUAAAGUAGCAGACAUUUUGAGAUUAGCUAGCUCCCAAGCAGGCUAUCUGGAAGUGAUGCCUUUAACUUUGUGCUCACAUGACGAAAAUUUUGGAUGGCUAAGAGUCAAGGAUGACGGUUCAAAAGCGGUUAAAUUAGAGAACCCAAAAACAAUUGAGUACCAGGUUGUAAGGACAACCUUGUUGCCGGGCCUUUUGAAAACUGUCAAGGAGAAUAGAAAGCAUUCUUUACCAAUUAGAGUUUUUGAGUGUGGUGAUAUUGUUUUAAAGAAUGCGGACUUGGAAAGAGGAGCUUUCAACCAGCGUAAUUGGGGUGCGUUAUACGUUGGUAAAGCCUCGGGAUUUGAAUACGUUCAAGGUUUAUUGGGUAAAAUUAUGCAAACAAUGAGAACUCCUUGGAUUGAAGCGCCAUCAACCGACAAAAGAAGAGGUUACUGGAUUGAGGAAGAUAAGGAGAAUACAACUUAUUUCGAUGGCAGGGGAGCCAGAGUUUUGUUUAGAAGUAAACAAGAUGGGGAGGUUUCUGAGGUUGGAAGUAUAGGGGUAUUGCACCCAGAAGUUAUGAACAACUUUGAUAUCCCAUAUGCGGCUUCAUAUGUGGAAAUUAAUGCUGAGAUAUAUUUGUGA